AUGAAAGGUCGGGUGUGGCGAAUGGCCAGAAAGUCGGGAGGCCGUGGAGUAAAGAAAGAGGAUGGGAGAGGGGAACGUCUAGAAUGUCUGAAUGAUAAGUCCAAGAUCUUGCGCACGUUUGUCCGCAACACGUACCGCUGGCAUCUGAGCGAGAUCCUGGCGACGAUCGUGAACGAGUACACGGACUGGGAGCGGCCCGUGCAGCACCCCAUCAACAUCCGCGACGAGACGCUGGAGGCCCUGAGCGACGCGUCGGUGGUGGCGCCGGCGGUGCGCACGGCAGACCUGCACUCGGCGCAGCGCCGCAACUCCUUCCUCUACGUCUUCGACUACCAGACCAAGUUCGGCGACUACCCGCAGCGCCAGGGCUGCAUCCACGGCGAGGAGCUGCCUUACGUGCUCGGGGCGCCCCUGGUGGGCGGUCUGGCGCACUUCCCGCGCAACUACACCAAGGCCGAGGUGCUGCUGGCGGAGGCCACGAUGAUCUACUGGAGCAACUUCGCGCGCACCGGAUUGGUAUUUAUUAAAGCUGCUAUAUCACUCAAAAUGAAAAAAAAAUUGAUACAUUCAUAA